CUGGCAGCCGGAGCGUCCGUCCUCUCGCCGGGCCGAGACGCGUGGGGGGACACUGCGGGCUCCACGGCGCGCACCCCACCGAGCCUGUCUCUCCUCUCUCUGUCCUGGUCUAGCCCUAGUCAUGGAGGAGGCAGAGGUCGACUGCUCCGGGGCGUUCGCCGAGGCUCAGAGAUGGGUGGAGGCAGUAACAGAGAAGAAUUUUCAAACAAAGGAUUUUCGAGCUUCCCUAGAAAAUGGUGUCCUGUUGUGUGAUUUGAUUAAUAAGCUUAAACCUGGCAUCAUUAAGAAGAUCAAUAGACUGUCCACACCAAUAGCAGGUUUGGAUAAUAUAAACGUUUUUUUGAAAGCUUGUGAACAGAUUGGUCUGAAAGAAGCUCAGCUUUUCCACCCGGGGGAUCUACAGGAUUUAUCAAAUCGAGUCACCAUCAAGCAAGAAGAGACUGAUAGGAGAGUGAAAAAUGUUUUGAUAACCUUGUACUGGCUGGGAAGAAAAGCACAAAGUAAUCCCUGCUAUCAUGGUCCCUAUCUUAAUUUGAAAGCAUUUGAGAAUCUUUUAGGACAAGCUCUGACUAAGGCACUUGAAGACUCCAGCUGCCUGAACAGAAGUGGCCGUGACAGUGGCUAUAGUGAUUUCUGGUGUCCUGACCGAGGAGAAUUUCUGGCUCCUCCAGGUAGACAUAAGAGGGAAGAUUCCUUUGAGAGUUUGGACUCCUUGGGCUCCAGGUCGUUGACCAGCUGCUCCUCAGAUAUCACACUGAGAGGGGGACGGGACGGUUGUGAAAGUGACACAGAUUCAGAAUUGACAUUCAGAAUGCAGGAUUAUAACAAAGAUGACAUGUCCUAUCGAAGGAUUUCGGCUAUUGAACCAAAGUCUGCUUUACCAUUCAAUCGGUUUUUACCCAACAAAAGUAGACAGGCAUCCUAUAUGCCGGCACCCUUGAGGAAGAAAAAGCCAGACAAAAAUGAGGAUAACCGAAGGAGCUGGGCAAGCCCGGUCUAUACAGAAGCAGAUGGAACAUUCUCAAGUAACCAGAGGAAAACUUGGGGCACCAAGGUGGAGAAAUGGCCAGCAAUCCGAGAGACAUCAAUCUCCUCUUGUUAUUUGGAAGAGGAAGAAGAAAGGAUCACAAGUCUACCCAACAUUGUCAAGGAUGAUCUGUAUCUGCGAAGGCUAAGUCCAGUCAUGCCAAACCCAGGGAAUUCUUUUGAUCAGUUUCUUCCUAAAUGUUGGACCCCAGAAGAUGGGAGCUGGAAAAGAAUAAAAAGGGAGAAUUAUAAACCAUGGUAUAAAGAAUUUCAGGGAUUCAGUCAGUUUUUAUUACUUCAGGCUCUCCAAACAUACUCUGAUGACAUCUUGUCUUCUGAAACAAAUGUCAGAAUUGAUCCCACUUCUGGCCCAAGGCUUAUAACACGCAGAAAGAACCUUCCUCAUGCACCAGGCUUUAGAAGAGAUGACCUUGAGAUGCCAGCCUUGGACCCUGAUUUAGAAAAUGAUGAUUUCUUUGUCAGAAAAACAAGGGCUUUCCAUGCAAAUCCCUGUGUUCUCCGAGCUUUUGAAGACUUUAGAAGGUUCUCUGAGCAAGAUGAUUCUGUAGAGCGAGAUAUAAUUUUGCAAUGUAGAGAGGGUGACCUCGUACUUCCAGAUUUAGAAAAAGAUGAUAUGAUUGUUCGCCGAAUUCCAGCACAGAAGAAAGAAGUACCUCUGUCUGGGGCCCCCGAUAGAUACCAGCCAGUCCCUUUUCCUGAACCCUGGACUCUGCCUCCGGAAAUUCAAGCAAAAUUUCUCUGUGUUCUGGAAAGGACAUGCCCACCCAAAGAAAAGAGUACUAGCUGUAGAAUAUUAGUUCCGUCCUUUCGGCAGAAGAAGGAUGAUAUGCUGACUCGCAAGAUUCAGUCUUGGACACUGGGGACUUCUGUUCCUCCCAUCAGUUUUACCCCUGGUCCCUGCAGUGAGGCCGACUUGCAGAAGUGGGAGGCUAUCCGGGAGGCCAGUCAACUUAGGCACAAGAAACGACUGAUGGUUGAGAGACUCUUUCAAAAAAUUUAUGGUGAGAACGGGAGUAAGUCCAUGAGCGAUGUCAGUGCAGAGGAUGUUCAAAAUCUGCGUCAGCUGCGGUAUGAGGAGAUGCAGAAAAUAAAAUCCCAGUUAAAAGAACAAGAUCAGAAAUGGCAGGAUGACCUUGCAAAAUGGAAAAGUCGCCGGAAAAAUUAUACUUCGGAUCUGCAGAAGAAAAAGGAAGAGAGGGAAGAAAUUGAAAAGCAGGCACUUGAGAAGGCAGACAGAAGCUCUAAGACGGUUAGAGAGAUGCUACAGGACAGGGAAUCCCGAAAUCAAAAUUCUACAGUUACAUCUGGUGGGAGAUUGUAUUCUUCCGAUGAUAUACCAAAUGAUGAAGCGCUCUCUCCUUCACUGACUCUGUCAGAAACCAGUUACCAGAGCCAGAGAGCAGAAGAGGAGGGAACAACUUUUCCUACUGAAUUUCCUAAAGAAGCCUCUACACGUUUCCUGAACAUGCAGGACAGUGUAGCUACUGAAACGGGGCUUCCUUCUAACCCCCCAGCAGUAGAACAGCGCUCAGCUUCUUUGUCUUCUCAGCAUUCACUGAGUACACGAAUGGAGGUGACUCGAGUUUCAGCUUCAGCCUCUCUCCCCAGAAGCUACCAGAAAACUGAUACAGCCAGGUUAACAUCUGUGGUCACACCGAGACCUUUUGGCACUCAGGCAAGGGGAAUCUCAUCACUCCCCAGAUCCUACACGAUGGAUGAUGGUUGGAAGUAUAAUGGGGAUGUAGAAGGAGCUAAGAAAACUCAGCACAAUUUGGCCAGCACCCCUGCCCCAAAGCCUGACACAAGCCAGCUUGUUUCCAGCAUGUCCAGUGAAAUGGAGGCAGCCACAGGAGUAGGUGUGACGGGGAGGCUGACUUCUCCCAUGUCUUUCUCAUCUCUCUCCCAAGAGGAGGCUGCUGCUCCUAAAACCACACUCUCCUCCAUGUCUGGCCCCGAUUUACUGUCUGACUCUGCUGAAGAGAGAAGCUUACUACAGAGAGAGGUCUCAAAGUCUCAGGAUCAGUUCAGCGAUAUGAGAAUCAACAUAAACCAGACUCCUGGGAACAGUCUUGACUUCGGGUUUACAGUAAAAUGGGAUUAUUCUGGGAUCUUCGUAGCAUCAGUUGAACCAGGUGGCCCCGCAGAGAUUUCCCAGCUGCAGGUAGAUGAUGAAAUUAUUGCUCUCAACAACACCAAGUUUUCAUACAACGAUACAAAAGAGUGGGAGGAAGCUAUGGCAAAUGCUCGGGAAACUGGAAACCUAGUGAUGGAUAUCAGACGCUAUGGAAAGUCUGGUUCACCCGAAACAAAGUGGAUUGAUACAACCUCUGGAAUUUAUAACUCGGACAAGUCUUUAAGUCUAUCCACGACAACUGAUUUCUCUGAAAGCCUUCAGAGUCCUUAUACUGAAUCAAAAGAAAUCAAUGGAAUUCACGAUGAAAGCAACACUUUUGAAUCAAAAGCAUCUGAACCUAUUUCUUUGAAAAACUUAAAAAGGCGGUCACAAUUUUUUGAACAAGGAAGCUCUGAUUCUGUGGUUCCUGAUCUUCCCGUUCCAAGCCUCAGUGCCCCAAGUCGCUGGGCAUGGGAUCAAGAGGAGGAGCGAAAGCGGCAGGAGAGAUGGCAGAAAGAGCAAGAUCGCCUACUGCAGGAAAAAUACCAACGUGAGCAGGAGAAACUGAGGGAAGAGUGGCAAAGGGCUAAACAGGAAGCCGAAAGAGAGAACUCUAAGUAUUUGGAUGAGGAGCUGAUGGUCCUGAACUCAAACAACAUUUCUCUGACCACACGACAGCCUACUCUUUCCAGCUGGGAAGCCACAUGGAGUGAAGGCUCUAAGUCCUCCGACAGGGAAGGAAGCCGAGCAGGAGAGCAGGAGAGGAACCAUCAGGAAGAGGAAGUGAUUCAUGAGGAGCCAAGACAGAAGCUUCAGGACCAACUGAUUCUGGAGCAAGAGAGGAAACUGAAGGAGCAGCAACAGAUGCAGGAAGAGCAGGAGGAGGCCAUCGAGGCACAGAAACACCAGGCAGAGAGAGAGAGGGAGACUUCAGUCAAAAUAUACCAGUACAGGAGACCUGUUGAUUCCUAUGACAUACCGAAGAGAGAAGAAGAAUCUUCAGGUUUGCUUCCUAGUGACAGGAGUAAAUCCCGAUCAACUACUGAACUAGAUGAUUACUCUACAAACAAAAAUGGAAGCAGCAAAUAUUUAGACCAAAUUGGGAGCAUUAGCUUUUCACAGAGGAGCUCCAAGAAGGAUCCAGUCCCCUCAGGGGCAGAGCGGGAGAGACAGCAAAUUCUCCAGGAAAUGAGGAAGAGAACUUCCCUCCACGAUGACAACAGCUGGAUCCGGCAGCGCAGUGCCAGUGUGAAUAAAGAGCCGAUUUGUCUGCCUGGGAUGAUGAGAAGAGGCGAGUCUCUAGAUAACCUGGACUCCCCCAGGUCCGGUUCUUGGAGGCAGUCCCCGUGGCACAGUCAGCCCGCAGGUGUCUACGCCUCCUCCUCUGUUCAGGACUUCAGUCGCCCACCGCCUCAGCUGCUGUCCACAUCAAACCGUGCCUACAUGCGGAACCCUUCAUCCAGUGUGCCCCCUCCUUCAGCUGGCCAGGUGAAGACCACCAUCACCAGCAUGGUGACCUCACGGUCCCCCGUCCCACGCAGCCAUUCCCCCUCCACUUUGCAGUCGGGGUCUCAGCUGCGCAACAGGUCAGUGAGUGGGAAGCGCACGUGCUCCUACUGUAAUAACAUUCUGGGCAAAGGAGCCGCCAUGAUCAUCGAAUCCCUGGGGCUUUGUUACCAUUUACAUUGCUUUAAGUGCGUGUCCUGCGAGUGUGAUCUUGGAGGCUCAUCGUCAGGAGCCGAAGUCAGAAUCAGAAACCACCAAUUGUACUGCAAUGACUGCUAUCUCAGAUUCAAAUCCGGACGGCCAACUGCCAUGUGACGUAAGCCUCCAUUCGAAAGCACUGUUGCAGAUAGAAGAAGAGGUGGUUGCUGCUGAUUUAGAUCUAUAAAUAUGUGUUGUAUGUCCU